GCUCGCGCCGUCGUCUUCGUCUCGUGUACUUCUGCCUCGGGCGCGCGCACGCCCCCCCCCUCCUCCGGCUCCAGCCGCUGGGCUAAGAUGGCGGCGCUGAGCAAGUCCAUCCCCCACAACUGCUACGAGAUCGGGCACACUUGGCACCCCCAUUGCGGGCGAGCCUUCGUGCACAUCACCCAAGGGGCGUUUGGAGAGUCGCUCCGCAUCUAUGGGACCCUUUACCUGAUUGCUGCAAUUCUCCGGAAACGAAAAUGUGAUUAUUAUUUGAACAAGCUGCUUCCUGAAAUUCUGCAAUCAACAUCCUUCCUUACAGCAAAUGGAAGUCUUUACAUUCUGUUUUUCUGCGUUUUAAGGCGAAUACUGGGAAAAUACUAUUUUUGGAGUCCUGGUUUCGGUGCUGCUUUACCGGCAUCCUAUAUGGCCAUUCUUAUUGAAAGGAAGAGCAGGAGGGGAUUGCUUACAAUUUACAUGGCUAAUUUGGCCACAGAAACUCUAUUCCGCAUGGGAGUAUCAAGAGGACACAUUACCCCUUUAAGACACGGAGAGGUCCUUUUGUUCUGUGUAACAGCUGCCCUGUUUAUGUUCUUUUUCAGAAGCAAGGAUGGUUUGAAAGGAUUUACAUUCUCCGCACUAAAAUUCAUUGUAGGGAAAGAAGAAAUUCCCACCCAUUCAUAUCUACCAGAAGGUGCUUUUGUAAAGCGAGAAAGAAAAAUAAAACACUGCAAAGAUAUAACACAACAAAUGAAUUUUAUUGCUGCAACAAAAAAAAUUGUGGAUAACAUAUGCAAAAAUGGUCCCAGGCACAGAUGCUGUAAGCACUAUGAAGAUAAUUGCUUCUCAUAUUGCAUUAAAGGCUUCAUUAGGAUGUUUAGCGUUGGAUACUUGAUCCAGUGUUGCCUUCGCAUCCCAUCCACGUUCCGACAUCUGUUUACAAAACCAUCCCGGCUUCUCUCGCUUUUCUACAACAAAGAAAAUUUCCAGCUUGGAGCUUUCCUUGGGUCAUUUGUCAGUAUAUACAAAGGUACAAGCUGUUUCCUGCGAUGGGUACGGAACCUGGAUGAUGAAGUACACGCACUUGUUGCAGGGUCCCUAGCUGGAUUGUCAAUGAUGUUUUACAGAAGCACAUCUAUUUCAAUGUACUUGGCUUCCAAACUAGUAGAGACCAUGUAUUUCAAAGGCAUCGAAGCUGGAAAGGUUCCUUAUUUCCCUCAUGCGGACAGUAUAAUCUAUGCUGUAUCCACAGCCAUCUGCUUCCAAGCUGCUGUGAUGGAAGUCCAGAACCUGAGACCGUCAUACUGGAAAUUCCUAUUGCGAUUAACGAAAGGAAAAUUUGGUGUCAUGAACAGAAAAAUAUUAGACGCAUUCGGUACUGAAGCAUCUAAGCAUUUUAAGGAUUUCUGUCCAGAACUCGACCCAAGAUACACAAUUGUUCCACCAGAGAGACCUAUUGAAAAAUUUUGGAACUGAUAUAUCCGUUUAUGAUUAUGUCUGACCAAUGGCUGUCCUAAGAGUUAAUUAACUUAACAGUCAAAUAGAUGGAAGAAUGCUUGUGUUCCACAUCAGUAUUGUUUCAGUGAGUUAUGUUAUACAAUCAAAAUAGUGAAACACCAUAGCAAGGUGUGACUUAAUUCCACUUCCCUUCUUAGAUAGAAGCUCUGGGUCACUGUGGCUGGUUGACACAACCUGGUAGAUUUUUAAAAAAAAUUAUAUAUCGACUGGUUAAUAUAUAUGAAAAAGAAAAUUUUUUAAAAAAUGCCCAGAUGUGGUUUAAAAGAUAUACAUCCACAGUUCACUCUGUCUCAUUCCAGUAGGUAGCCUUUUAUAAAAAAAAAAUAAUAUUUUUACAUUUAGAAGUAAAAGAUAUGUAAAACAUAUAUGUAUAUGUAUGCUACAGUUGCAGAUUAGAUUCUAGUGAAAAAGAUUUUCUUUAGAUAGAUUUAAAAAAAAAAGAUUAUUAUGGCUCUUGACAAUUGUUUAAAAAGGCAAUAUCGGUACUUUAUUUAUACAACUGCACUGUUUAUAUCCAACUUUGGCUUUGACUACUGUCUUCUGAGAGCAUCAGCUCCCCAAACCCAGUUGCACACUGAGAGGUAAGAGAGGGGGGAAAAGUUGAACACUCGGAAUUUUUAAGAGAUCUUGCAAAAUAAUAGAAAAUCAUCACUGCCAGAUGGAAUGUACCAGUUUUCAGUUUUUGCAUACAUAAAUGGAAGAAGAAAAAAAAUUACACUGUUCUAACAACGUUCUUCGGAAAGUGAAUAUGCCACUGAACAUACAGCUGCCUUGAUUUUAUAAACUUUAAUGUUGGUUUCCAGUAACAUUCAAAGUGAAUCCAAGACCUUAUAUUUAGUGGAUAAAGUAAAACAAGGGAACACAUUGAGAAUAUUGGGGAUAUCUACAUCUACAGAUUGUGUUAGCUGAUUUUCUGACCAGCCUGUGACACUUAAUGUAAUGUAAGUCAUUGCACAAAGCCACUUCCCUUGAUGGAUUAUCUUAUUUCUCCUUUAACAGUCACCUUAGUAGACACCUUAGUAUAGUUGCACAGGAACUGCAGAGAAGGACUUUCAAAGCAUGUGAGAGAUUAAAAGAAAAAAAAAACACCCUUAGAUCUGUACAAUUUCUUAAAAGCUGAAAUAUCUGUGAUCAAAAGUAUCAGAAGGAGAGAGAUUGCUUGGAACUAGAUUUAAUUUCUGUAAACUAUUUUUUCCCAUCUAUUAUAUGAUUCGAAUAUGCACACAAAUUAUCUAGUAUUCUUAUUUCACUCUCUGUAACGAUGAUGCUGAAUUCACGGGACAGGAGCAUACAUUUUUAUUUUGAUCCUAAGGAACCUGGCAGAAUUGCCAUUCAGACUGAAUGAAUGGAAAUGGAAGGAAAGUGGAAUGGGAAAAAAAAAUCUACAUUACAUCAUACCGUAGAGCAUCUCUCUCUUUCUGGUGUGAAAUAAUAUUUCAAUCCAAGCUUGCAGUUGUGUUCCAGUUGUUGUUUGGACUAACAGGACUGACUGUGUUUAUUGUCUUUAUUGGAGAAUGAAAUCAUAUGUCAAUCUUUUAAGAUAGCAGUCCCCAACCCCUGGUCUGUGGAUCAGCACUGGGCUGCGCAAACAAGGCAAGCCCCGUUUGUGGGAUGCAGGCAGCACACGAAACCACGCCUCCUCUGGUCCACGGAAAAACCUCUGUCCACGGAACUGUUCCCUGGUGCCCAAAAGAUUGGGGGCUGCUGUUUUAAGAGACUAUUGUUUAUACUUGUUCUGUAUUAUCUUAGAUUGUUUAAAUCAGAUGGCUGCCCUAAAAGUUUGUCACUGCCAAUUGUGUGGUGGAAGUGAUGCAUUGUCAAUUGCUAGAUGAGCAGAAAGUUUGAAUGUCCCAGGUAGGGGUGAAUGAUGAACCUCUUGAUCAAUAUUCCUUAUGAAAGGCAAUAGAACAGGGGUGCAAAACCCCCAGUACGUGGACUGGUACCGGGCUGCGGCACGUCAGUAGCCAGUCUGCACAGACAAGCAAAGACCCAACCACGGGAUGAAGGCAGCACACAAAACCCAUGCUCCCUCCGGUCUGCGAAAAAACCUCUCUCCACAGAACCGGUCCCUGGUGCCCAAAAGACUGGGGACUUCUACAAUAGAGCAAGUACUUCACAAAAGUAAACGUAGAACUCAGGGAUCUAUCCAACUCCCAUCUGAUGUGUUUGCCUGUGACUUUGAAGUCUGCUGAAAUAGUUUGAAGGAGCCCGACACCGGUACAAGACCAACACCCCAAAAUAUAAAUGGUAUAAAAUGUGGGGCAGUUGUUAAUGCCUGGAAGAACAAAGAACAUAGAAUAACGAGUUAGGAGGGACCUUGCAGAUCUUCUAGUCCAACGCCUGCUGGUUGGACUAGAUAGAAGAAUAAAUAAA